GUCCCGGUGACCCCAAACUGGGACCGGUAACCCCAAACUGGGACCAGUAACCCCGAACCGGGACCGGUAACCCCUAAACUGGUCCCAGCAUGCCGCACUGGUCCCGGCUCCGCGCCGGCCCCGGUGACCCCCAGAAUCCUCCCCGUAACCCCCAGUAUCCCCCGGCACGCUCCCAGUGCAGCCUCUGAGCCCGCCCAGUGCCCCCCAGUCUCCACCCCCAGACCCCUUCCAGUCCACCCAGUCCCCCCCAGUCCCCCCAGCCCCCCAUGAGCCGGGGCCGGUUUUUGGGGGGCUGCGCCUGGCUGCUGGGGGGGCUGGCGCUGCUGCAGACCCUCUACCUGCGGGCGCUGCCCCCCCCGCGCCCCCCCGCCCGCCGCCCCCCGCCCCCCAGGGGGGUGCUGGACGCCUCGGGGGGGUUCCGGGUGUACUGGGACGUGCUGGGGGCCCCCCCGGGCUGGGCCCGCGCCCCCCGGCCCGAGCUGGUCCUGGCCACCCACGGCAGCCCCGGGCGGGCGGCGGCGGCGCUGGGGGGGCCCUGGGGGGGGCCGCUGUCCCUGGCGGUUUUUGGGGAGCCCCCCGAGGGGCUGCGGGAGCUGCUGAAGGUUUUGGGGGGGCCCUGCCGAGCUCUGAGGGGGCGCCUGAGGCUGCAGGUGGUGCAGGGGGCGGCGGGACCCCCCCCCCGCUUUACCCCGGAGGCACCCGGAGCCCCCCGAAAUAAAGGGGGGGGCUGUCGGGGGGCUCUGGCCAGGCUGGCGGCCGCCGACCCCCCCAGUUACACUUUGGGGGUGCCGUACCCCGGGAAUCUGCUGCGGAACGUGGCCUGGCAGGGGGCGGCCGGGGGGGGUCCGGGUGCGGGACCCCCGCCCCAAUUCGGGGGGCGCUUCGUGCUCCUGGUGGACGCGGACGUGGUGCCCAGCCCGGGGCUGCGCCGCGGCUUCCUGCAGCUGCUGCGGGACGGGGGGCUGCACCCCCAAAACUGGGGCAGGGACCCCCGGGACUGGGGGGAACGGGAGCCCCGAAACGGGGGGGGGGGGGCACUGGGGGACCCCAAAGCUCUGGGGGCUCAGGGGGAUUUGGGGGGCCCCAAAGCUCUGGGGGCUCCCGGUGGCCUGGGGGUCCCCAGCACCUCGGGGGUCCCCAAGGUCCUGGGGGUCCCCAAUGUCCCAGAGAGCCCCAAAAAUUUAUUGGACCCCAAAGACCCCAGGGGUCACCAAGCCCUGAGUGACCCCAAUGCCCUGAAUGACCCCAAAACCCAGAGUGACCCCAAUGCCCCGAGUGACCCCAACACCCGGGGUGACCCCAAAACCCAGAGUGACCCCCACGCCCUGAGUGACCCCAACACCCGGGGUGACGCCCACGCCCUGAGUGGCCCCAGGGCCCCCCUGGCGCCCCCGUCCCCGGAGCCCCCCUGGGCGCGGGCUCUCUUCGUGCUGCCGGCCUUCGAGCUGCGGGGGUCCCGCGCCCCCCCGGCCUCCAAGGCGGAGCUGCUGCGCCUCUGGGCCGCGGGGGAGGCGCGCCCCUUCUACGGGGGGCUCUGCCCGCGCUGCCAGGCCCCCACCGACUUCGGCCGCUGGCUGGGGCUGCCCGCGGGCCCCCCCCGGCUGCGCGUGGCCUACGAGGUGCCCUGGAGGGACCCCUGGGAGCCGUUCUUCGUGGCCCCCGCCCGCGGCGUGCCCCCCUUCGACGAGAGCUUCCUGCAGUACGGCUUCAACCGCAUCAGCCAGGCGUGCGAGCUGCACGUGGCCGGGUUCCGCUUCGCGGUGCUGGACGGGGCCUUCGUCACCCACCGGGGCUGGAAGGAGCCGGGCGGCUUCCACCGGGGCCGCGAGGCCGAGCUGGGCCGCAACCGCCAGCGCUUCCGCGCCUUCAAGGAGCGGCUCCGGGCGCGGUACCCGGGCUCAGGCCGGCACUGCUGAGCUCACCCGGGACACCUGGGCACACCUGGGCACACCUGGACACACCUGGCACAGCUGGGGCACAGCUGGGGCACACCUGGCACAGCUGGGACACACCUGGACACACCUGGGACGGCUGGGACACACGGGAACCCCCCAAGGGACACAUGAAGGACCUGCCAUGCACACCUGGGGACACCUGAGGACCCUCCAGUGGACAUUUGGGGACGCUCCGUGGACGCCUGGGUGCCCCCCGGACACGGGGGUGACCGUCCCUCAGUAAACAUGGCCGCCUACCCAUGAUGCCUCUGUGCGGGUGAUGUCAUGGGGGCGGGGCGAGCAGCUGCCUCCAGUACGGACCAGUAACGCCCAGUACGGACCAGUAACGCCGAGCGCGCGAGGCGCCGACCCCGCCCGGGUUGUUUACCAGAGCAGACUACAGCUCCCAGCACGCAUCGGGCGCCAGCAUGGCCGGACUUCCGCCCCUGCUUGAAAACCACAGCUCCCAGGACGCCUCGGAAACAAGAUGGCCGCCAAGCAACUUCCGGUCUUGUCUCUAAAUCUGGACUUCAGUUCCCAUCGUGCAUCAGAAGAACGCGGCCGGAAGUGGUGGUGGUCUGUGGGACUACAGCUCCCGUCGUGCAGCAGAGAAACAUGGCCGACUUCCGGUCCACCAUUCCGGAGGUUCCGGUCUCGUCUCUCCCCGAAGCAGCAGCUCCCCCUGGCGGGCGGGAGGAUCGAGGUGGGGGGGGUGUUUUUGGAGGAGGGAGAGGGGGAAUCCCAAAUUUGGGAGGGGGAGGGGCCGGGGGGUGGGGAGGGGACCUGAAAUUUGAGGUGGGGGGGAACAGGAUCCCAAAUUUUUGGGGGGGGGUUGAGACCCCCAAAUCCAGCGGGAGGAUCCGAUUUGAGGGAAAACCCCCCCAAAAAAACGACCCCAAAGGCACCAAGGUCGCGGUUAAUAAACGUUUUUAUUUCAUUUGCGUUUUCCACCCCGGUUUUUCUCCCGUUAAUCGGCGUUAAAGUGCUGCAAAGGGAAAAGGUUUCUUCCAUUUUCUCUGUUUUUUUGGUUUUUAAAAUUUAAUUUAUUGAAACUUCCCCCAAAAAAAUCCUCACGAACAAAACUUUACCCCGGACGCCCCCACACCUUUUCAACUUUGGGGCUGGACGAGACGGAAACGGGCGAUUUAUCAAAUUAUGGUACAAAGGAUGUGACAAAUACAACAAAAAACAGCCGCAAAACAGCUAAAAAAAAAAAAAAAAAAAAAAAAAAAAAAAAAAAAAAAAAAGAAGCGGCAGGAAAAGCCGGGGAGCGGCUCUGGGCUGGCUCCGUCCUGCCCGGGGUCAUUCGAGCUCCAGGUCUUGUGCCACGGAUUGAAUUUCCCCAGCUCGGGGACGCUGCUCCGUCUCAGAGGUCACAGCUGAGCUUUUGGGUUUGGUUUUAGAAAUAAAUCCACAGUUUUCGGUUUAUUUUCAAUAACAAUCCAUGUUUUUUUUGUUUAUUUUUAAUAAUAAUCCACUUUUUUUGGUUUGUUUUUAUCAAUAAACCCAUGGUUUGGGGUUCUUUUUAUCAGUAAACCCAUGGUUUUGGUUUAUUUUAGUAAUAAAUCCGUGUUUGGGUUUAUUUUAUUAAUAAAUCCACAUUUUUUGGUUUAUUCUCCUCAACAAAUCCUUUUUUUUUGGUUUAUUUCUUUGGCUAAAUCCAUUUAAUUUUAUUUUUAAAUAGAUUCCCCUUUUCUUUGGUUUAUUUUCUCAACGGACACAAUUUUGCCUCUGUUAUCUCUUUUAUUUAAUUUAUUUUUAUAUUAAUUUCUUUAAUAAACCUUUAUUUUAAUGGAUCCAGGUUUUUACUUCGGGUCUUUUUUUAGGAAUUCCAUUUUAUUUGGUUUCUUUUUUAGUAAAUCCAUAUUUUUUUGCUUUGGUUUUUAAUAUAUCUAUGGGUUUUGGUUAGAUUUUUUUAAUAAAUCCACCGUUUGGUUGGUUUUCUAAUAAAAAAUCCACAGUUUUGGUUUCAUUUCUUUCCCAAAGCAAAAAAAAACACCAAAUUUUGGAUAAAUCCAUUGACCCAGCAGAACCUCCAGCCCCGCAAAAAAAAAAAAAAAAAAAAAAAAAAAAAGAAAAGAAGGUUAAAACAGAGGGGGAAAAAAAUUUUAAAAAAUUCUUUU